AGGGAAUUUCAUCUGAGCCAACUGUACAGAGAGGGAAGAAACUUUGAGACAAAUGUAGGAAUCGCAACGAGAGAAAGCAGGACUUUCAGCAGCAGCAGCACGGAGGGAGAACACAAGGAUAUCUUAUCUGGGGUGAUCCCUCGUCGCAAUCUCUCACGGUCUGACACUCUCUCUCUGUCUCUCUCUUUUUUCUCUCUCUCUCCCAGACAGAGGAGAGGAGCAGCAGUGUGAAAGAACGAGUCGCUACUGGAACCGUGUAGCAGCCGCAGCUCUAUUCUAUUUUCUAUUCAUUAAGCUUUUCCUUUUAUUUCUCACCUGCGGACCCCGGUUGAGAUGGUAGAGACACACUGAUUGACCUGAGGACCCCGGUUGAUAUGGCAGAGACACACUGAUUGACCUGAGGACCCCCGGGUUGAUAUGGCAGAGACACACUGAUUGACCUGAGGACCCCGGGUUGAGAUGGCAGAGACACACUGAUUGACCUGAGGACCCCCGGGUUGAUAUGGCAGAGACACACUGAUUGACCUGAGGACCCCCGGGUUGAUUUGGCAGAGACACACUGAUUGACUGGAGGAACCUGUGGAGAGACUAAAGGAUCUCACUCCACACACCUGAGUGUCCAGAGGACUGAUCCUAGUUGGCCACAGGGUGAAGGAUUAAGGGACAAGGAUGGUACUUGGAGGAUCCACCAGAACACAACAUCUGACGCAGAACUUUCGGGACACUCAAGGAAAGAAUCCUGACAUUACCAAAGCUAUUAUCCAUAUAAUAGUCUACAAUUGUCCAUUCAUAUCGAAAGCAAAAGUACAAGAGGAACUGGAGAGGGGAGUAUGGGACGUUGGAUCCGUGGUGGAGUGACUCCUGGUUGGUUCCCAGGGGCCCGAUGAGUGGCAGCAGCCAUAGCACCAGCCUACUUCGGGGCCGCCGCUUCUACUGCCGGGAAUGGGCCCUGGAAAAGCUUGGGCGCUGUCUGGAGGCCAGGUCCACUCCCGGCCGGCCCCCGGGGGUCCUGGUGACUGGGGGGCCCGGGGCAGGGAAGACAGCCCUAUGCACAGAGGCAGUAUGGCCCACAUCGGACGCAGGGCUUGGGUUGGCACCACGCUGUUUGGGGUUUCACUUCUGCCAGCGGGAGGACGGGAGGACCGUGGCGGUGUGGAGGUUUGUCCUGGGCCUGGUGGAUCAGCUGAGGGUCAGCCCCCUCCUCCCCCUGGGGUACAGGGACACACUGGACACCCCCAUGGUGGCGACCACCUUGGAGCCCCUACACUGCCAGAGGGACCCGGAUGACACCUUCAAAAGGGCAGUGUUAUUGCCUUUGCUGGGCCUCCCUCCCCCAGGGCAGCCCUUGUUUCUGGUUGUGGACUCCCUGGACUCGGGGUUUGAGUAUGGGGCCGGUGAGGGGUCAUGCAGUGCUGGGGCUCCAGGGAGGAACAGCUCUAUCUCAGAGCUCCUGUCCAGCCACCAGCACCUCUUCCCCAGCUGGCUGCUCCUGGUCUGCUCUGUCCGCAGACAGAACAAGGCUGUGUGUAAGAUGUUCUCAGGUUUCCGUAAGCUGUGUCUGGAUGACCUGCGGAAGCCGGCGCCAGUGCGUGACGUGCAGCAGUACAUCUUGCGGAGGCUGGACCAGGAAGGGGCGCUCCGCCGUCAGCUGACCCCCGAGACAGCCGACAUGCUCAACCUGCUGCACAUCAAGAGUGGCGGCUGCUUCCUGUUUCUGGAACGCGUUCUAGACGGCGUGGCGGGGGCCUUGGUGGGUCUCCGGGAGAUCCGAGACAUCCCCGGGACCCUCAACGGUCUCUACCUGUGGCUCUGCCAGAGACUCUUCCCCAGGUGCCUGUUCCUUGAGGUUAGGCCCCUCCUCAACGCCCUCCUGGCCUCCCCUAGGCCCUUCACCACCCAGGAGAUCUACACAGCCACCUGGACCCAGGACAUGUCCCUCAGCCCUAUGGACUUCCAAAGCAGGCUGAAGGCUCUGUCUACGCUGCUCAUCGACGGGCCGGGAGGCAGCAAGCUUCUGUUCCAUGCUAGUUUUGCAGAGUGGCUGACGGACGUGAAGUAUUGCACCCAGAAGUAUCUGUGUAGCGUGUCUGAGGGACACACCAUGCUGGCCAUGGCUCUCACCCUGCGCGCCCCACACCUUAACACAGAGGACACCUGUCAGAUGGGCUCGCACCUGAUCAGCUCAGGCAUGCACAAGGACAAACCUGCCCUCCUGGCUCUAUGGCUGUUGUGGGCAGAUGUGGCCCCUCUGGCUAGCUCCUCAUACCCCUCUUCCCCUGCCUCUCAGCCCCCUGUCCUGGUCAAGCAGGAGGUCCUCCAACUGCUGAUGAAGAGUGGGGUGUUCCCUCCCUCCUGCGCCCCAGACAGAGGCCCCAACAUGGGGGUACACUGUGCAGGACAAGGGGGGACCAUCAUCCGGCGGGUGCUGGAGAGGCAGGACUCAAUGAGGAUGCUCUUGGACAGCGGGGUCAGUGUGAACCGGACCGACCCCACAGACGGACGCACCCUGCUGGCCAGCGCGGCUCACGCAGGCUCAGCCGACGUUGCCAUCCUGCUCCUGUCCCGAGGGGCUGACCCUUUGAUCAGUGACCACCAGGGCCAGACACCCCUGACGCUGUCUGCCAGGCAGGGCCAUGUUAAGGUGCUGGGAAUGCUGCUGGACUGGGCCAGGGGUCAGCAGCCAGAGGCCGCCGUGAGUAUGGUGGAACACGCGGACAGCGAGGGCUGGACAGCCUUGCGGUCUGCGGCCUGGGGGGGUCACACUGAGGCAGUGCACCUGCUGCUAGAUGCGGGGGCGGACGUGGACGGGUGUGAUGCGGAGGGCCGGUCGGCGCUGAGGGCGGCAGCCUGGGGGGGUCAUGAGGAGAUCCUCCUCACACUGCUGGACUACAGAGCGCAGGUGGACAUGGCAGACCGGGAGGGCCGCACGCCGCUGAUCGCUGCCGCCUACAUGGGACACAGGGAGGCAGUAGAGAUCCUGCUAGACCACUGUGCGGAGGUCGACCUGGCCGAUGGAGACGGACGUACUGCCUUGUCCGUGGCUGCCCUCUGUGUGCCCACAGCAGCCGGGGUCAAGGGUUAUGGAGACGUGGCCAGCCUGCUGUUGGAGAGAGGGGCUGACCCGGGGCACAGGGACCGGAAUGGGAUGACCCCUCUGCUGCUGGCGGCGUAUGAAGGUCACGAGGAGGUGGUAGAACUGUUAUUAGAAGCUGGGGCCGACGUAGACGAGAGCGCCGGGCCACAUGCCGCCGCCGCUUCUGCUGCUGUCACCCCACUGUUGGCGGCAGCCGCCAUGGGCCAUACUAAGACGGUGGGCAGGGUGCUGUUCUGGGGCGCCUCGGUGGAUAGCAUCGAUGGGGAGGGUCGUACAGCUCUGAGCCUGGCAGCAGCACAGGGCAGCGUGGAGGUGGUCAGAGCUCUCCUGGACCGAGGGCUGGAUGAGAACCAUAAAGAUGAUCUGGGCUGGACCCCGCUGCACGCCGCCGCCUGCGAGGGCCACCGGGGGAUAUGUGCCAUCCUGAUGGAGAGUGGGAGCAUGGCUCGUGUCGGAGAGAUGGACAUCGAGGGACGGACGCCCCUCAUCUUGGCUGCGCAGGAGGGCCACUGUGGCACAGUGAGGCUGCUGCUGGACCACCGUUCACCCAUUGACCACCGGGCGUACGACGGCCACUCUGCGCUGAGCGCCGCCGCCCUGGAGGACCACGCUGAGGUGAUGGAGCUACUGAUGAGGCGGGGCACCGACACGGAUGUACGGGACGCAGAGGGCCGUCCGCUGCUCUACCUCCUGGUUCUGGAGGGACAUCUGGACAUGGCUGCCCUCCUCAUAGAGAAAGGGGGCGUUCCCUUGGAGUCCCGGGACAUGGAGGGGCGUACGGCGCUACACGUGGCCACCUGGCAGGGCAACCUGGAGGCGGUGGGGCUGCUGGUGAGCCAUGGGGCGGACCCUAACGCCCAGGAUGGGGAGGGACGACCCCCCCUGCACUCUGUAGCCUGGCGGGGUCAUGUGGCGCCUGGUCGUCUGCUCCUGGAGGUCAGGGGGAUCAACGUGGAUCUGGCCUGUAGACAGCAGGGGGCCACUGCACUGAGCAUCGCGGCUCAGGAGGGCCACGCCAACAUCGUUGCCAUGCUACUGGAGGGAGGGGCCAACCCGGACCACAUAGACAAGUACGGCCGCAGCCCCGUCAAGGUAGCCGGAAAGCGGGGCCACUUCACCAUCGUCAGGAUGCUGGAGAGCUACGGAGCCAAACCGUACUCAAGCCUUCUGCCCCAAUCGAAUACCCGGUCGCCCAAGUCAUCCACUGUGAAGAGCCUGUACUCAACCUGCUCAGAGAGUAACGAGGCUAGCGUCUCCACCUCCUCAGCCUCGGCCUCCUGCUCCCCAGGCUCCACAGCCGAGCACUUCCACUCCAUCCAGAGCUCCCAGACAUCCUCCUCCACAGCCCACUCCCUGGCCACGGUGCAGACCGUCCCCGCUGACAGCCUGUCUUUCACCCAGCAGAUCCAGCAGCACUCCCUCCCCCGCAGCCGAUUUGGCCAUUCCACCCUGCCUCCGCCAGACUCCGCUCAUGGCAGCCUGCACAGCAGCAGCCGCAGAGCCCAAUGCCCUAAGGCCAGCCCUCCUCCACCCACCCUCUGCACAGUCACGGCCACGGUACAUGACUCUGAGCAGCCUUGCAAAGGCUACCCAUUAGGAUUCGACUAUCCCAGUAAACACAAACCCCCCAGCCUGAUCCAGGAGGAGAGGUCUCUGUACGAAGGGGGGAGGUGGAACUCUGUUAUGGCUUCUCUAGGGGUGACGCCUGGACAAGAUGGCCCCAAAAACAGGAACUGUCUCCCUAUGGGAUACCCUUACGAGCUCCAGAGCCCGGCCCAGAGAGAGACACGGGAGGAGAACCAGAAGAUGUCUAUAAAGUCCAGUAGUGCCUUAUCUCCUCCCUGCAUGGUGGUCAUGACGACCACGGACCCUCAGCUCAACCUGAAACAGGCCAUCAAGCUGCAAUUUGAAGGGCCCACCAGCGCUGCCUUAUACAAAAGAGAGACGCCCCUGUGAACUACUGACACCUACGGUUCUAAGUGGACGAGGUACAUUUUCACAGUGAAUAAUGGCUCUUACAGGGCAGAUGAUCUCUCCGCUCCACCCUCUGGUCAUCCCACCCUCUCCGCACCACUCUCAGCAGAGAAGAUGAGAGAGGAAGGGAUCUCUCCACUCCACCCUCUGGUCAUCCCACCCUCUCCACUCCACCCUCAGCAGAGAAGAUGAGAGAGGAAGGGAUCUCUCCACUCCACCCUCUGGUCAUCCCACCCUCUCCACUCCACUCUCAGCAGAGAAGAUGAGAGAGGACGGGAUCUCUCCACUCCACCCUCUGGUCGUCCCACCCUCUCCGCUCCACUCUCAGCAGAGAAGAUGAGAGAGGACGGGAUCUCUCCACUCCACCCUCUGGUCGUCCCACCCUCUCCGCUCCACUCUCAGCAGAGAAGAUGAGAGAGGAAGGGAUCUCUCCACUCCACCCUCUGGUCGUCCCACCCAAGGCUGUAACUAGGGUUUUGAGUUUAAGUUUGGUUCUGGAAGGGUGAAGCUCAUUACCUUGAAAUGCUAUUUGGAGAACAACACAUCAUUAACCCCUCGGCUGCUUCAUUCACCUCAGGCCAUCUGCAAACACCUAGCCCAUUAGCUAUACAGUUGUAAUGUCGUACCUCUGAAAGGGGGGAGAUAUGAGAAAUGAUUCACACUGACACGUAGCAUCAGUGACAAACUGAAAACGUCUGGUUGGUUGCAUUUUAAUGUUGGACGAUAUGGAAGAUAGGCCAUGUGGAGACGUUCGUAUUUAUUUUUUGCUUGUUCGAUAAGGGCUAGUACAGAUUUUCUCACGGGGCCCCUGACCCCAAGUUUGGGAACGACUGUACUAACCUCUCUGUCUGCUUACUCUCUGUCUGCCUCCUCUUCUUCUUUCUCCUGAAUGCAUUGUAGUCUGCCUCAGCCUCACCACUGAGUUCCACAUCACUGUCUGUCUCAGUAGCCUGCUCUCUGUAAAGUAAAGUUACUAUGAAAACUUA